UUAGUCAAACAAAUGUCAAACUGUGUCGUCCGCCGUCAAACUUGUAUUUUUAUGUAAUUCAAAAAUAAAAAAUUCUAAAUUAAUAAAAACAUUGAUUCUACAUUUAGUGCAUUUAGUUGAUUAAUACAAUAAUAAAAAGUUUUAAUAAUGGGUACAGUGCACGCUAAGUCUGAGCAGAAUGACAUAGGGGAGGUGGGCGGGGGCGGGCUGUUUGAGUUCGAGGAGCCCAGCGAGCUGGAGGACGAGCCCAUCGCCAAGCCCACCAUACGACUGGGCGGAGUUCGGGCUCGAGUGGACAGAGUGCACGUGGACGGCCUGAGCCGCACCAAGGACGACGUCAUCCGCAGCACGGUGGACGAGCUGUUCCACGCGACCGACUUCGAGGACGUCAUACUCCGCGCCCACAAGGUGCGGCGCGCGCUGGACGCUAUGGGCUGCUUCCGCGACAUCGGCGUCUACAUCGACGUGUCGUCCGGCCCCGGGGCCACGCCCGAGGGGCUCGAGGUGACGUUCCAGGUGAAGGAGCUGUCCCGCGUGGUGGGCGGCGUGAACACCACGGUCAGCGAGAACGAGGGCAACCUGGUGCUGGGAGUGAAAAUGCCGAACGUGCUCGGGCGCGGCGAGCGGCUGCAGGCGGAGUACAGCAUGGGCUACCGCAGCUCCUCCAACUUCAGCGUCGCCGCCACCAAGCCCUACCCGCACAAGCCACUCACACCCGUUAUAACGGCGUCGGUGUACCAGCAGAACCACGAGUACCCGUGGUCGGGGUACCGGCUGCUGGACCGCGGGCUGCUGCUGGACCUCGCCUUCCGGACCUCGCCCGCGACGAAGCACAACCUCCAGUGGGAGGGUCUGGUGCGGGACACGUCCGUACUCAGCAAGACCACCACCUUCUCCGUGCGGGAGAACAGCGGUCCCCAAAUGAAAUCAGUGAUCCGCCACAUAGUGUCGGUGGACCACCGCGACGAGCCGAUCUUCCCCACGAGAGGCACCUUCGUCCAGUUCACGAGCGAGGUGGCCGGCCUGGGAGGGGGGGUCGCUCAUUUGAAAACGGAACUCAAUGCUCAAGCAAACGCGGCUGUGAAUGACUCUGUGGUGGUGCAGGUGUCGGGCGCGCUGGGCGUGCUGCACGACGUGUUCGGGACGGCGCUGGCGGACCGCCUGUUCCUGGGCGGGCCCGCCUCGCUGCGGGGCUUCGCGCAGCGCGGCGUCGGCCCGCACCGCGACGCGCAGGCGCAGGGCGGGCAGAUGUACUGGGCGUCGGGCCUCCACGUGUUCACGCCGCUGCCGUUCCAGCCGGCGCGCCACGGGCUGGGCUCCCUGUUCCGCUCGCACUUGUUCCUCAACGCGGGCUGCCUCGCCGACGACGAGGAGAGAUCCAAGUCUUCAACGCUGGAAGCGCUGAGCCUGUACCGGCUGUCGUGCGGCGCGGGCGUGGCGCUGCGCGUGGGCCGCGUGGCGCGCCUGGAGCUCAACUACUGCGUGCCGCUGGCCGCGCGCGCCGGCGACCGCGCCGCGCCCGGCCUGCAGCUCGGGCUCGGCGCGCACCUGCUCUAGGGGUCAUACAGCUGUCUCUCUCUCUCUCUCUCUCGCCUGGAGCUCAACUACUGCGUGCCGCUGGCCGCGCGCGCCGGCGACCGCGCCGCGCCCGGCCUGCAGCUCGGGCUCGGCGCGCACCUGCUCUAGGGAUCCGAGCCGUUCGUCGAACGAAGAAAUACGAAUUAUGUUAUUUAUUGUUUGUGUAAAUACAAGUGUAUUGAUGUCCCCGCGGGCCGUACGCCUGCUCGUCUUGUAUAUGAUAUGUAUAAAUCAUUAGUGCUGUUACAAUAAAAUUGUUUAAUUUUUA